AUAACUUUUCAUAAGUUUAGCGUUUAAAUUAAAAAAAAAAAUAAUAAUUAUAAUAGACAUUGAUCGUUAAUAUUAUAAAUAAAAUAAAAGAAUGAAAAAAAUGAAUUAUAUUAAUAAUUUAAUUGUGAUUUUAAUUGUACUCUUAACAGAAAUUUCCAAUUCAAUUGGAGAUCAUAGAUUUGGUUAUAAUCGCCCUGAUCAAAGAAGAUGGUCUAAAAAACAUAAUCAUUGUGCUGGUAAAAUGCAAUCACCUAUUGCAUUAUCAACAAGUCGUGCAAUACCAAUUCCAAUGCCAGCUAUAGAAUUUGUUGGUUAUCAUAAUUUAUUACCAGCUCCAUUAAAAUUAGUUAAUAACGGUCAUACUGUUAUAUUACAUAUACCAAGAUUAACAGAUACAGAAAUUGAAAUGGGUGAAUUUUUACCAUUUAUUUAUGGUGGAAAACUUGAAGGACAUUAUGAAAUAGAAAGUUUACAUUUUCAUUGGGGUGAUAAAAAUAAUCGUGGUGCUGAACAUUUAAUCAAUGAUAUACGUUAUGCAAUGGAAAUGCAUAUUGUUCAUCGAAAUAAAAAAUAUGCUAGCCUUGGAGAGGCUCUCGAAUAUUCAGAUGGUGUUGCUGUUUUAGGAUUCUUUUAUGCGUUAGAUGAAAAUGAAGGUGAACAAUUACAUCAAAUUGUUAAGAAUUUGAAUAAAAUUCCAAAUCCAGAGGAUUUUACUUUAUUAAAUUCAACAUUUGCACUUUCAUCUUUAUUUGCAAAUAUUGAUGAUAAUAGAUUUUAUACAUACAGAGGUUCAUUAACAACACCUCCUUGCUCAGAGGCUGUCACAUGGGUAUUAUUUCCGGAUCCAAUACCGAUAUCAACAUCACAGAUUUCUAAAUUCCGUCAUUUGCAUAGCUCGUUAGAAGGCUCAGUUUUAGUUGAUAAUUUUAGAUCAGUUCAACCAAUUGGAAAUCGUAGAAUAUUUUUAAGAAAAAUUAAUAUUAAAAAUACACCAAAUACGCUUAUUGAUAAUGAUAUUCAUUACUCCAAAUGGGAUUGGUUGUAUUAAAAGUUGUUGAGCAAUUAAUAUAAAAAUCGAAAUGUUAUUUUUCAUUAAAAAUAAAAAACAAAUUAAUUAUU